UGGGACGGACGACACUGAUACAGAGCAUCUGCGCCUCCUGCAUCACAUUUACAUCAGAUUGUAUAUGAGAUGUCCAAACCAUCGAAUAUAACCCGUCUUUAGGUCGAAACAGCUCUUUUCAAAACCUUAGCUCAUUUCCUUUUGAUUCGUUAUAAGGAAGCCUGUACCGUGAAAAUGAGAUAAACAUUUCAUCAACCCACACUUUUCUUUCUGUUGACUAAAUCCCUCUCUUUGACCUACAUCUGCCCUUUUGAACGAAACCUACCCUGUCGAAAAGGAUUUCCUAGAAUCUCUCCCUCCCCAUCAACAAAAAAGACAUUUUCAAAUGCCCAAAAACAGCAAAACCGUCAAGAGAGAGAUUGACGAUGACGAUGUUACGGAAUCUGUCAAAGAUUUGCUCUCCAAUGAAGAUAGCUGUGAGGACUCUUUCAAAAAGAGCUCUCUAAUGGUAGGAGAUGUUCCUCAGAAUAAGGAGCUGGAUGUUGAAGAGGGCUCAGAGGAAGAGGAGGAGGAAGAGGAGGAGAGACCCGCCUGGAGCAGCAAGCUCCAGUACAUCCUCGCCCAAGUGGGCUUCUCAGUGGGCCUGGGCAACGUCUGGAGGUUCCCAUAUUUGUGCCAGAAAAACGGUGGUGGAGCGUAUCUGGUUCCCUACUUCAUUCUGCUGGUGGUGAUAGGAAUUCCCCUCUUCUUCCUGGAGCUAGCAGUGGGCCAGCGCAUCCGACGGGGGAGUAUCGGGGUGUGGAACUUCAUCAGUCCACGCCUGGGUGGCAUCGGCUUCGCCAGCUGUUUGGUGUGCUUUUUUGUGGCGCUCUACUACAAUGUCAUCAUCGGCUGGAGUCUCUUCUACUUCUCGCAGUCCUUCCAGCAUCCUCUUCCUUGGCACGAGUGUCCCCUGGUCAAAAACAAAACGAAUACAUAUAUUGAACCAGAGUGUGAGAAAAGUUCAGCUACUACGUUCUACUGGUAUCGUGUGGCCCUGGAUAUCUCCGAUUCCAUCUCUGAGAGUGGAGGACUUAACUGGAAGAUGACUUUGUGCCUGUUGGUUGCUUGGACCAUGGUGUGUCUUGCUAUGAUGAAGGGUAUCCAGUCUUCUGGAAAGGUGAUGUACUUCAGCUCUCUGUUCCCCUAUGUGGUGCUUAUUUGUUUCCUGGUUCGUGCUUUCCUACUCAAAGGUUCUAUAGACGGCAUCAUCCACAUGUUCACCCCGAAGCUGGAAAUCAUGCUGGAGCCCAAAGUGUGGCGUGAGGCUGCCACGCAGGUCUUUUUUGCCCUGGGUCUUGGUUUCGGUGGUGUUAUCGCAUUCUCCAGCUACAACAAGCGAGACAACAACUGCCACUUCGAUGCUGUGCUGGUCUCCUUCAUUAACUUCUUCACCUCAGUGUUGGCCACUCUAGUAGUGUUCGCUGUGCUGGGCUUCAAAGCCAACAUCAUGAUUGACAAAUGUGUGGAAAUGAACACAAAGAAGAUCAUUGAUUUCCUUGGCAAAGAGAUCAAUCCAAGCUUGAUCCCACACCAUAUUAACUUCAGUAAUGUUAGCCCAGAGGACUACCAGCAAAUGACCAGCAUUAUCCAGGGCGUGAUGGAAAACGAUUACCCACGCCUAGGCUUAGACAACUGCGACAUCAAAGAGGAGCUGAACAAGGCGGUGCAGGGCACAGGCUUGGCCUUCAUCGCUUUCACUGAAGCCAUGACCCAUUUCCCAGCCUCACCUUUUUGGUCUGUGAUGUUCUUCCUUAUGUUGGUCAAUCUGGGACUGGGCAGCAUGUUUGGCACUAUCCAGGGCAUCCUUACCCCCAUUGUGGACACCUUCAAAGUACGGAAGGAAUACCUCACAGUUGGUUGCUGUGUACUUGCCUUCUUUAUUGGUUUAAUAUUUGUCCAGCGAUCUGGGAACUACUUUGUGGCCAUGUUUGACGAUUAUUCUGCCACUCUACCACUGCUCAUUGUUGUUCUUCUGGAGAACAUUGCUGUGGCCUGGGUCUACGGCACCGACAAGUUCUUUGAGGAUCUGAAGGACAUGCUUGGUUUCACUCCAUACCGCUUCUAUUACUAUAUGUGGAAGUUUGUCACACCAGUCCUGCUGCUGGGUCUUCUGGCCGCAAGUCUCAUUCAGCUGGGACUGUCGCCACCUAGUUACAGCGCAUGGAACCAGCAACUGGCUCAAGAACAGACUCUCAGCUAUCCGCCCUGGGGCCUGGCUGUCUGCAUCUCACUGGUGGUCACCGCCAUCCUCCCCGUGCCUGUGGUUUUCAUUCUGCGCUGUCUGAACAUCAUCGACGAGAACGCAGGAGGCCUGUCCACCGUCUCCUACAAGAAGGGCCGCAUUAUAAAAGACACCGCUUGUAGGAGCAGAGAAGAGGAUGAAGAUGACGCAAGUCUUCUCAACGCAAAGACGCCGAGCGAAGCCCCAUCGCCCAUGCCGGCCAACUACCGUAAGCAGAACGGCCCUGCUUCAAGUGCAGACGUCACGCUCAACGGUAGCUGCGGCACUGGAUACACAAUGCCCAAUAUCACAGACAUUCCGGACAUGCCCGAAUCUGAUUUGUGAGGACCUGUCCAGUGUCAUCUGUAA